AUGUGCCCCACUUGCUACGCGGAUCAAACAGAGAAUGGAGGAGAAACAGCUAAGGCACUUCCUAACCCUGCAGGCUCACAGACAAAAACCAGACCAGAUAAAUCUAACUUCUGGCUUUGCCGUAUCCUCUGGAAAUAUUAUAGGCUAGUCAAAGUCCUGUUUCUAGUUUUUCUCAUUAUUGCUGUUAUUGUUUUGGCAGUGGUUAGCAGUAGGCCCUGCCCAAAUCAUGCCCCUACCACAUGUCCAGUCGAUUGGAUCGGGUCCCAAGGGAAAACAUACCCAUGGAAAUGCUACUACUUCUCACAGGUCGAUGGGGAUUGGAACUCCAGCCAGAACAACUGCUCUUCGUUCGGUGCCUCCCUGGCUACAGUUGACACCUGGGAGGAAAAGGAUUUUAUGCUCCACUAUAAGGGACCCUUAGAAACCUGGAUUGGCCUUACCAGGGAAGAAGCAGACAAGCAGACCUGGAAAUGGGUAAAUGGCACCCCUUUCAACAACCUGUUUCCAAUAAGGGGAGGAGGUGAAUGCGCGUAUCUGAAUAACGAACAAGGUAUCAGCAGCUCAAGAUGUAGUACAGGGAGACGCUGGGUCUGCAGCAGGCCAGCCUGA